AUGCUGCUAGCACCUGGUGAACUCAAAACAGUGAAAAAGUCAUUGAUUGAAACAAAACCUCCUGUUGAGAAUGAUGUUAAAGAAAGUUUAGAAUACUUACUAUCCCAUUUAAAUCUGAAAGAAGAGAAUGACAAAGAGAGAGUUCUUUUCAAUGAUACAUUAUCCAUUUGCUUAUUGAGAUAUAACCAUUUCAGUAACACAUUUGAACAUUCGAACAAGGUUUUUGAUUAUAUCUUGACCCAUGUAAAUAGAAAUUAUGCGCCUUUGCAGAACUCCUUGAACUCAAUUUUUGAAAAGUUGGUAAUGUUUCAAAAUGCCGACCUUCCAUUGUGGAUAGAUAUGUUAAUGCAGCAGUCAUUAACUAAAAAUCUUUUUGUAUUAUUAGAAAGACUACUACGAAGAGUACCUGACAGACUGUUUUUUAUUUCAAAAUAUCCUGACUACCUGCUACAGGCCAUGAGUAUGUUCACCGACAAUGUAGCCAAUGCCAUCAGCAAAACCCUUAUUGCCAUUUACGAAGAUUCAUAUCUCAUGUAUGAGAAGAAUACAGAGACCUGGUACAAGUCUUGGAUUAGAAUAAUUAACUUACAGAAUGAUGGUGUCAGAGCUAAUGCUAUUACUCAUUUGUUACCAGGAUUGCUACGUGUGGACCCACAAACUUUUGAACUUUUGCUAGCAGAUUGCAAAAGCAACUUGAAGGCGCUUGUCAGUAUUUUAAGUAUGGGCCUAAAAAUGAAGCUCAUAAAAUCUUUGGAGGUUAUUGAUCAAAAGUCAUUAUUGGAAUGUUUAGUGCACGCAGACAGUGCCAUUCGUAUGGACGCUCUACAAGUUCUCAUAGGUGACAGGAAGGAAACUCUUACAAGUUACAUUUUUGAAACCAUCGAAUCAAACUACUUAAUGGAAAUCAAUUUGAAUGAAGCAAAUCACCAAGACAAGUUUAUUAGUACCAUGUACCAAUUUAUAUCUGGAAAACUCAGUGACUGCUUGAAUGGGAAAUUCGGCAAAGAAGUGGAAAGCGAAACCAAACUGUUUUUCACUCGAUUCAAGAUUUUGUUAAUCAGCCAUUUGGAAACACAAAACAACUUUCAACAAAAAAUGGGAGCUAUCUCCAUUCUCAAUCAAAUUCAUUUAAAACUCGAGAACAUUUUCGACACGAAUGUGGUCAAGUUGUUAAUUGAUAACCUUUUUUCAAACUAUAAACUAGUGCGAGAGUCCAGUUUAGACUUGCUAUUACAAUGCAACAACCUCUCAGAGUAUUUUUAUGAAGACAAAGCUUUAGCGAAGAAAGCAUUUGCUAUUUUGCCAAGAUUGGCCGGAAGAGAAAGUGAAGGGGCAGCCUUGGCUAUAACAUUUCUAGCAUACUACUACCGAGACACUAAGAAUUUGGAUACUUUAAUGGAAACUCUAUACGAUGGUCUUGAUAAAGAAUCCGGAGAGCAUGGCUAUCUUCUGGCUCUAGCUACAAUUACUAACAAAUUGGGGAUAUGUGGGGAUUAUUAUGUUCAGCUUGAAGCAGCCAAGCGAGCUACCAAAAAAAUGACUGAUAUUCUAUCAACAGAACGAAUUGCUUAUCCCAGUGAACACGACUUUGUGAAGUCGAAAGAAACAGUCAACUAUUCGUGGAAAGUAUUACAAAAUGCCAAUGAAUUAUUUCUUCUGUUACUAAAACAAAGACGGGGAAUUGACGAUGUCGUUGAGUGUUUCUUACUAGUGGUCGAGCAGUUGCACAGUAUCAAGUUUCGAGCAGCUAUUUCUUCGCUGUAUCCGACUAUGAUUGCAGUGGCACGAUUACUCGGUUUUGUCGAUAAUGAAAAAGUGACAGAAUACAUGAAAAGAGAAAUCCAUUAUAUCAGAAGUGAAAGUAAGCAGUUAGUUACUAGGAGAUCUGGUGGAUUAUUAUACGUUAUUCCAGCUAUGUUGAUAGCUUCAGAAAAAAAUAAAGACAUUAUUGAUUAUGUAUUUGGUAAUUUGUUUGAGAUUGCAAGUUUGCCCUAUGAAUCGGAGUCUAAAGAGGAUUUGCCACAAGUUCACGCGUUCAACACUUUGGGCCAACUAUUUAAAGAAAGUCAGUUAACAAGCGAAAGCUCUCCAUUUACCGAAAGGGCACUAUUACUAUCCUUAAAGCAUUUCAAUGCAGCCAAUUGGUCUGUCAGAAACUGUGCAUUGAUGUUGUUUGGUCACUUGGAAAAGAAAAUAUUCUCCGGAGCAAACGUUAACUCAAAGAGAUUUUUUGCUAGGUUUAAAAACAUUGAGGAUGUUUUUAUUGAUUAUUUACUGUGUGGACAAGAUCAGGUUGUGUUUCCCAUAUUGAUCAUGUUAGAGAAAUUGGAAUUUACCAAUAGUUCUCUAAAGUUAAAAAGAGCAGUGGCAAAUUUGUUGUCAAGAAACUCCUGGAAAGUACGUGAAUUGGCUGCCAAGAUUAGUGCAGCCAUGCUAGAAGCUGACGAAUUUAAUGAGUUUAUUACUGCAUCUUUAAAUUCCAACAUAUGCAUGAAUGCUUUGCAUGGGGUGGUACUUCUUUUGAAAUAUCGACCAGACAUCAAAAUCGACAUUGAGAACCACAUGGAUUUGGCAUUUGGGAACUUUUUCAUUGCCAAGGAAUACAUUGAGGUACUAGACAAAGUGGGGUACAAAGAUACAUCUAAGCUCGGACCAUAUUUUUGCCAGAUUGUCAGAAACAAGGGUUCUUUAAAUGGCGGGAAACAACUAUUCCUUGAAACGUUAGUAGCGUUCUUAAUGAAAAAUGAUGAAGAAAAUAGAGACAACUAUAUUAAGCUAUCGUUUAGUUCGGAUUACAACAACGUUCACAACAGAGUAUUAGAAUACAUUGAGGACAAUAAAAUAAAAUGUCCCUCGUUAGUGAGGGAGUUUAUUAUGUCUAACGAUUUUCAUUAUACUAAGGUGAAAGCAUUGAAAUUAUACGCAUCAAUGGAUGAUGUUUUACCGUUCCCACUUGAUUUCAAAGGUGAUGGACAGUUAAGCCAAGCAUCUUUUGAGUGUUUGUCCAGAUUUGUAGACGACAAUGAUAGGAGCUUUUAUGACAAAUGUGUUACGGCAACGGAUGCAAGCAAUGAGAUUGAUAUUCGCCUCAUGGGAUAUAAUGCAAUAUUCACAUAUUUGAAUACGUGUCUGGACAGAACAAGUUUUCUUUAUUCUAGCUGUUUGGUUUUAUGCUUUGAAAGAGGGCUUUUCGACGACGACGAGGAUAUUAGAUACAAAGCCAACAGUUAUAUAUCAGAAGUCACUAACUGUGGUCAUGUUGCUACAACAUAUUUGACAUACCGAUUCCCUGUUUUGGCAAAGUCCAUUUUGAAUGAGAAAUAUUACAAUGAACUUGUAGCUGAGAUGACAGAAAGAAAUACACUUGACGCAACAAACUUGGAUAAGGAAUUUCAAGAUUCGCUAAAAGAAAACCUUUAUUCAUUUGAAAGAAACAAUUUUUAUAAAAAUGAGAUUGAUUAUACAAGACGUCUUGCAAUGUUCUCGAUUGAUACAAAAGAACUAUGUAAUGUGAAAAGAAAGGUAUUACAAGACAUACAGUAUUUGAAAUCAUUUAGGGAGAAAGAAAAUGGCAAAGUUGAGAAUAUUCCUCGUGAUUACAUUCUUUAUGACUGCUUUGUAAAGACUCAAAUCAAUGCACAAAUAGUUGGAAUUACUGAUUUAGAUGAAGAGUUGUUCUCAAUAAGAUUUUGCAAAAUGGGAUGA